AUGGGUCGUGAACUCAUUGAUAUGAUGAAGGAGAUGAUGAUCAAACGACGCGAGCACAGUGUCCAAGAAUGUCCCCAUCCAUCGCGUCCGAUCCCCACCACGACCAUCGACCCCGAGGGCGACAUGUUCAUACACGUGGGCCGCAACAGAUGUCUCGAGCCCAACUUCAGCAAGCACCGCCACGAGGAUGCCAUGCGCUUGCGCAUUGACGGCAAGCUGGUAGGCCAGGCCUCGCCGUCGUGGUUGGGCAUGCUGGCCAAGUCCAACGAAAACAGCGACAUGCACGGACAGUGGGAGAUACACGUCCCCGAGGACAACGCGCCGGCCAUGCUCACGAUCUUCAACAUCCUCUACAGCAAGUUCGACCAGCCGCCUCUCGGCUGCGACACUGACAUCGACGAGCUGUACAACAUCACCGUCCUCACCGAGAAGUACAACCUUACGCACCUGCUGCGCCCCUGGGCGGCUCAAUGGGUCCUCUCGAUGGAGAAGUACUGGCUCGGACGAACGUUCGGUGCCGGCGAAUCGACGUACGAUCUGGAGAAGCUGAUCUGGAUCUUCUGGGUUCUGGGCCAUCAGCCGCUCUAUUCCUUCAUGGUUCUCCAGGUGGCUGCGUACAGCAGUUUGGAUAAGCACGGAAACCUGAUCGAUCCCUCCAAGCACGUCUGUUUCGUAAGCGACGAGCAGAACUUCCGACAUCCUUCGCAUGCUAUGGACGCUAUCAAGUUCGCCCGCGUCAGCAUGCUGCGCUCCAUCACAUCAAGCAUCAAGAGCACAAUCCAGGAGCACCUCCACGGCACCGAGAAGCCCAGCUGGUUGCAAUGCGCGCCGAGCAAGAGCGACAAGAAGAGCGACAACACAGACGACCACGCGUCCCGCAGCACCACGCGCACCGCCUUCAUCAGCUUCCUGCAGUCGGAGAAGCUCUGGCCCACCCCAGACGCCUUCGACAUAUCCCGGAGCCCCAUGGCGCUCCUGGCCGACUUCAAGCAGCCGGGCGCGAGCAGCCUGGCAGCGUUCGCGCACGCCGCGGACGGCAGAUGUCGGCCCGACGGGGUGUUCCACGCGCGCGUCGCGCGCAUCAUCCGGGAGACGACGCUUCCGCUGGUCGAGUCCAGCAAGGCACACCUGCGCGCGCAAGCGGCCAAGACGGGGCUGAGGCUGUAUGAUCGCAUGGGGUAUGCACCGCCGGCGGAGAGCUGGAGCAUGCAGCUUGUUGUGAGCUCGCUGGACCUUGGCGGCGGGCGCCAGAGUCGACGCGUGGUUUCCGUCUAG